AUUGUGAAUAUAACAAGUAAAGAUUUGAAUAUGGACAGGGCAGGAAAGUUGAGUAAGGGAGUGAAACGACGUGGUGGUCAACAGAUACAGGAUGAGUUGAGUCAGUUCGGACAGCAAUCGAGUGGGACUGCAUUGAUUACCAGCGGUGGAAACCUACCUGCACCAAACAUUAUUCAUUUAAUUCCGGACAACAACAAUAAAGACCACCUUCAACAAUGCGUUGAAAGAUGUCUUCAGCUGGCAGAGACGCAAAGUCUCCGAUCCAUUUCUAUUCCCGCAGUUGGCACUGGGGCUUAUGGUAUGUCUGCAGUGGACUCAGCCAGUUUGAUUUUUAAGGCCCUUACAAACUUUAGCGCUAGCUUUCGUACCCUCCGCAAGGUCAGGAUUGUAAUCUUCGAAGCUCCAAUGUUGAUGGCAUUUCAGCAAGCACAUCAGAGGUACCCGUUUUCUUCACACGCAGGUGUAAGUCAGCGCAUGCACUUCCACUGCCCCUUCAAAGUUGAGGUAACAAAUGGCGAUUUGACUCAAGAGAGCAGUACCGAGGCUAUCAUGAAUAUUAUCAGCACGGACAUGAACAUGAAUAACGCCGGAGACUUGAGCAAAGCCAUAGCAAGACAGAGUGGUCCACAAGUACAACAAGAAUGCAACCAACUGGGAAAGCAAUCUCCUGGAACAGCGGUAUUAACUAAGGGAGGUAAUUUACAAGUACCUCAUAUUAUUCACAUUAUUCCAGGCUCUUCAGAUAAGAAACAUCUUCAGCAGUGUUUGGAGGAGGGACUUCGUGUUGCGGACUCCAAUAAUUUUCAAGCGAUCUCAAUUCCAUGUGUUGGCACAGGAGGCUACGGCUUGACUGGAGCAGACUCAGCCCAAUUGACGUUCAAAGCACUAAAUGCAUUCAGUGUCCGCUGUAAAAGCAUUCAAAAGGUGAGGGUGGUUGUGUUCCAGGUUUCUAUGAUGCAGGAGUUUCUACAAGAGCAGAAGAAACAACCAGUGCAAGAUAUUGAAGAAGAAGACAGUGACUCGGAGAAUGCGGCAGCUAGGCCAACCAGAAGACUGAGACGUAGGCAGGCACCAGCCCAAGAUAAUGAACACUUUGUAAAAAUAUCUGUGAUCGGCAAAGACAAGUUGAGCGUGGGAAAAGCCGUGGAAUCCUUGAAGAAAGGUUUCUCUGACGCUUGUACAAUGGAAAAAGUUGAAAGUGAAGUCGUCAGUCAACUUUCCGAUAAACAGAGAGAUAUCCUGAGAAAAAAGUCGAAAGACCGUGACGUCAAACUUGAAAUUGAGGAUGACGUAGAUCGUAUUGUCGUCCGUGGUGAACCAGCCGAAGUGUCUGGAAUGGUUGGGGAGAUCUGGAAAGAGAUCAACGAGAGGACGAAGAAGAAGCAAGAAGAAGAACAAGCGAAGUUGGUUUCAAAGAACGUAGAGUGGAGCUAUGAAUUACGUGGCACGAAAAUGGCGUUUGCGCCGAAAGCAAAUGCUAAGAUUGAGUUGGCCUACAGCAAAGAAGAAUUCCAGGCCUUGGUUGUUCAAAGGUUGGAUAACGCUAUCUACUGGAAAAAUUUUUAUCCAGGGGAUGGCACAGCACGUUUUGCUAUCGAUUAUCCGCUGGAUAGUGAUUUAUCCACGCUACGGGCCAUCGUUCAAAAGUGCCUGCAAACAGGCGAAACGCUUGGAGCGAAUUCCAUUGCAUUUCCCGUCAUUGGAACUGGAAACUUACACUUCCCACGCGAUACAGCCUCGAGAAUCAUGUUAGAUGAAACUGUAAAUUUCUGCCGAACUAACCCCGCUUCUAAUUUACGGGACAUCCGAUUUGUCGUGUUUAACCAAGAUCAAACAUUAACUGCUGCCUUCAAACAAGAGAUGGACAAAUUGCAACCCCAGCUAACUGGCCACUCCGCCAUCGCAAGCGUAGCAAGAGGAAUACGUUCCUUCUUUGGAAGAAAGAAAACAGCGGGGACAUCGGGUGUUGGUAUUGAAGUUUUGCAGGGUGACUUGUGCCAGGAGACUUCCGACGCCAUUGUGAAUAUAACAAGUAAAGAUUUGAAUAUGGACAGUGCAGGAAAGUUGAGUAAGGAAGUGAAACGACGUGGUGGUCAACAGAUACAGGAUGAGUUGAAUCAGUUCGGACAGCAAUCGAGUGGGACUGCAUUGAUUACCAGCGGUGGAAACCUACCUGCACCAAACAUUAUUCAUUUAAUUCCGGACAACAACAAUAAAGACCACCUUCAACAAUGCGUUGAAAGAUGUCUUCAGCUGGCAGAGACGCAAAGUCUCCGAUCCAUUUCUAUUCCCGCAGUUGGCACUGGGGCUUAUGGUAUGUCUGCAGUGGACUCAGCCAGUUUUAUUUUUAAGGCCCUUACAAACUUUAGCGCUAGCUUUCGUACCCUCCGCAAGGUCAGGAUUGUAAUCUUCGAAGCUCCAAUGUUGCUGGCAUUUCAGCAAGCACAUCAGAGGUACCCGUUUUCUUCACACGCAGGUGUAAGUCAGCGCAUGCACUUCCACUGCCCCUUUAAAGUUGAGGUAACAAAUGGCGAUUUGACUCAAGAGAGCAGUACCGAGGCUAUCAUGAAUAUUAUCAGCACGGACAUGAACAUGAAUAACGCCGGAGACUUGAGCAAAGCCAUAGCAAGACAGAGUGGUCCACAAGUACAACAAGAAUGCAACCAACUGGGAAAGCAAUCUCCUGGAACAGCGGUAUUAACUAAGGGAGGUAAUUUACAAGUACCUCAUAUUAUUCACAUUAUUCCAGGCUCUUCAGAUAAGAAACAUCUUCAGCAGUGUUUGGAGGAGGGACUUCGUGUUGCGGACUCCAAUAAUUUUCAAGCGAUCUCAAUUCCAUGUGUUGGCACAGGAGGCUACGGCUUGACUGGAGCAGACUCAGCCCAAUUGACGUUCAAAGCACUAAAUGCAUUCAGUGUCCGCUGUAAAAGCAUUCAAAAGGUGAGGGUGGUUGUGUUCCAGGCUUCUAUGAUGCAUGAGUUUCUACAAGAGCAGAAGAAACAACCAGCGCAAGAUAUUGAAGAAGAAGACAGUGACUCGGAGAAUGUAGCAGCUAGGCCAACCAGAAGGCUGAGACGUAGGCAGGCACCAACCCAAGGUAAUGAACGCUUUGUAAAAGUAUCUGUGAUCGGCAAAGACAAGUUUAGCGUGGGAAAAGCCGUGGAGUCCUUGAAGAAAAGUUUCUCUGACUCUUGUACUAUAGAAAAGGUUGAAAGUGAAGUCGUCAGUCAGCUUUCUGAUAAACAGAAAGAUUUCUUGAGAAAGAAAGCGAAAGACCGUGACGUCGAACUGAAAAUUGAGGAUGACGUUGAUCGCAUUGUCGUCCGAGGUGAACCAACUGAAGUGUCUGGAAUGGUCGGGGAGAUCUGGAAAGAGAUCAACGAGAGGACCAAGAAGAAGCAAGAGGAGGAACAAGCGAAGUUAGUUUCAAAGAACAUAGAGUGGAGCUAUGAAAUACAUGGCGCAAAAAUGGCGUUUGCUCCGAAAGCAAAUGGUAAGAUUGAGUUGGCCCACAGCAAAGAUGAGCCCACAGUACAAGUUUCUCUUCGCAGAGACAAGUUUAUCAUUGACUUGAAGAGAAACUCUGGACGUGGACAAACUUCUGGCGAACAAAUAACACUGUCAAGAAAGGUGAAGGGUGCUGAUGAAGGAAUUGCUCUACCAAAGCACUGGGCACCAAUGCCCCGACCGGACAUGACUGUACACACAGUGCAACUGCUACCUGGUUCUACUGAGUACCAAGAUGUCGUAAAUAAGUUUCAAGUCACUGCCAGAGGGGUUACUAUAACCAAGAUAGAACGAGUGCAAAAUCCUCACCUCUACCAGGCCUACUUGGUGAGAAAACGGAAAAUGGACAAAGAUACCGGAGGAAAUAGUGAGCGACAGCUAUUUCAUGGAACGAGCUCGAAGAAUAUCAAAAGCAUCAACGCGCAAGGACUCAACAGAAGCUUCGCUGGGGUCAAUGGAGUUGCCCUAGGUCGCGGUGUGUACUUCGCAAGAGAUGCCUCAUAUUCCAUCGGCUAUGCACGUGGGAGUGGAACACGGCACAUGUACCUCGCUCGUGUCUUAGUUGGACAAUACUGUCAAGGAAACUCUAGCAUGAUCGUACCACCAGCUAAAAACUCUGCUAGACCAGAGAUUUUGUAUGAGUCAGUGGUCGAUAACCCUGCAAACCCUGCCGCCUUUGUUGUUUUUUACGAUAAUCAGUGCUAUCCUGAAUAUCUCAUAACCUUCCAGUAGGCCAGAGGAAAAAUUAACAUUUGGUUCAUAUGUCAGAGUGCGUUCAUUGAGAUAUGAAACACGCGGGAAUUUUAGAGAGCACGAUAGAUGCGCGAGAGCUCAAAAGCAUGCGCAACAGGAAUGUGGAGCACCCUUUGGAAAUUGAAUUUGACUACGCGAGUUUGUUAGCUAUUUUCUAAUCGCUAUUGCAACCAAAAGUUUCUCCAAAAAAGCCAGUCUCUUGGACGUCAUGAAUUGUGUAGAGUUACAGAGCUUUUUUGAAGAGUAACUGAAUAAGUACUGCGUAUUUAGUUUGCAGCAGAAAGCUUUGGGGAAUAUUUUUUAGCUGCUCAUACUGAUGUAAGAAUGCUGUAGAUCAUGAAAAAAAAUUAAAUAAAUUAGAAACAAAA